AUGAAUAUUAUCAACCAGUUAUUGGCAGGAGCUAAUUUGUUUAGACUCAAUUUCCAGAUGUGCAACAAUAAGAACGCCAUUCCCUAACCAAAAGAAAAGGAAGAAUAACUAAAUUUGCUUUAAAACACUAUUUUUUCUAAUCUACUCAUGGCAUCCUAGAUGAAAACUGUCCAGUAAUCACAAACUUAAUAAGUCUAAGUAGUACAAAAGUCAAAAAAGAUAAGUAAACGUAAUAAUAAUUGCGGACAUCCUGAAAAAGAACAUUAUGCGAAGGGUAUGUGCAAUAAUUGUUAUCAUAAAUACGGUAGAACUAAGAAGCCUUGGAUCUGUGGACACGAUAAAUUAUACGCUUAAGGAUUAUGUUAGAAUUGUUAUAUCAACAAAUACAAUUAAAAGAGAAGAGAAUAAGGCGAUAAUGAAGUUCUCAAACAAGAAGAUCCAAAUCAAGAAUAAUUAGAACAAUAAUAAUAGUCAUGA